GCUUUUUGGAGCUCACAUGCAACUUUAUGAGGACUUACUUGCAUCGCUGCAGCAUGGGCCACUUCUAACCCGGACCCUACAAAAGUGUUUCGAUCAAGGGGGGUCGCUCGCGGCUCAGAUGGUGCACGGACCCAGUGGAACCGACGCCAUCUGGGACCUCGAUCAAGGUCACGACCCUCCGACCGACUCCGGGAACAGAUCAAGUUCGGGCAAUUGAAGGCUCGAGUUCACCAACGAUUGCACCGCCCAAAAUGGCACACGACGAAGCAGUUGAAAUGCCGCGGCAGGCGACCCGCGAGGAAAUGCGCGAUGCGAAGCUCCCGCUGGCAUACCGAGACAGCUGCGCGAACCUCCUGAUCCCUCUCAAUCGCUGCCGGUUCGAGACUUACUACCUGCCCUGGAAGUGCGAACAAGAGAGACACAGCUACGAGAAAUGCCAGUACGUCGAGUUCAAGAAGCGAGUAGCCAAGAUGGACGAGCUCAGAGCGGCCAAGGGUGGCGCGAGGAGCAAUUAGAAGGGAAUCGAGACACAGGCGAGCUGUGCGCAUGUUCUAGGCCGAGAAACACACUCGAAGAUGCAAUAGACAACUCGAUUACACCAGACACUUCCGGGAGCCUAUGAGCCGUAAUGUUCGGGUGCGAAAAUGUCCCUUUGGACCCAUUUGUCGAUCUCAAGAUAUCCCAUACGUUAAAGGGGCCCAGAUCCCUUCUAUGGAGCUGCCUGUGGAACUGUCCACGUCGCUAUGUGCUUUUCAGUCCGUCCAGAUACUUCACCAGCCGCUUUUUGAUGACCAGACCAAGCACCUUGGCGCUGUCCUCUUCGACAAUGACCAGAUA